AUGGACUUCGCAACCUUGUUCAAAGGCAACUUCUCCGCCAUGGCCGAGAACAUGACCGGCGGAAAGUCCUACUCGGGCGACAGCAAGAAGAUGAUGGAGAGCCUUCUGCCCAUGCUGGGCGGCCAGUUCAACCCGGUCGUCCGGUCUCUCAUGUUCCUCUACCAGAUGAUCGGGUCCCAUCUGGGCAUCGACCCGACGCUCAUCCUGACGUUGGCGGGCUUCAUCUGGGCCGCGAAUAGGGUCGCCCGGCAAGUGUACGGCGCCAUCUUCCGCGUUAUCCAGGACAACUUUAUGAGUUCGAUCCACGUCCAGAGCACCGACGAGAUCUACGCGCACAUGAUGAAGUGGCUCGCCCUGCAGCCCCUGAUGGCGAGCUCGCGGUCGUUGACCGCGGAGACUGUGAGCAAGACGGCGUGGGAGGAGGAGGAGGAGCUUGAGGCGCUUCAGACGAUCAGGAUAACAGGGAGCGGCGACGGCGAAGCCGAGUAUCUCAACUUUUCUAACCAGGAAGCCAAAGCUCUUCCAAGAUAUGUACCGGCGGUUGGUGUACACGGUUUCUGGUUCAAGGGCCGCUACUUCAGACUGCACCGCAAGCAGCAGAAUGUCUUCGACGGCCAGGAAGCUUACGGAACGUUUAGGAAAGAGGAAGACCUCAUCAUCUCCUGUUUCGGCCGGGACCCGGCGCCCAUCAAGGAGCUGCUUCGUUUUGUCAAGGAGUUCUUCUACUCAGAUCACUAUGCUCGCACAACCAUCAAACGCCCAAGUCCGCAGCCGAUGCGCAGGUACGGGGGCCGCUAUAACUGGUCGCAGGUGGCCAACCGGCCCGUCCGCCCUAUGCGCACCGUUGUUCUCGACCCCAAGCAGAAGGGCCAAGUCCUCGCCGACAUGAACGAGUAUCUCCAUCCGGCCACCCCUCGCUGGUAUGCUAACCGCGGUAUCCCCCUUCGUCGCGGGUACCUGUUCUACGGACCCCCGGGAACAGGAAAGACGUCGCUGUCGUUUGCGUUGGCUGGUGUCUUUGGCCUGGACAUCUUUGUCAUCUCCCUGCUUGAACCGACGUUGACGGAAGAAGAUCUCGGCACGUUGUUCAACUCUCUCCCCCGCCGUUGCGUCGUCCUACUGGAGGAUAUCGAUACCGCUGGUCUGAGCCGUGGAGACGAAGAACCCGAAGAUGCCAACCCAGAACCGGAGUCCAAAGGUGACAAGCAAAACGACGAAGCCGCCAAGGACGGCGACAGCACUGCCAAGAAAGGAGACCGGCCCAGCAGGAGACAGACGAAAGAUGACUGGAAAGUCUCAGACCUCGCCCGCGCGCUGAAGAAGGAGGCCAAGGACGACAAGAAAGGCAUCUCCCUCUCGGGCCUCCUCAACGCCAUCGACGGCGUCGCCUCGCAGGAGGGCCGCAUCCUCGUCAUGACGACCAACAAGCCCGAGUCGCUCGACGAAGCCCUCAUCCGCCCAGGCCGCGUCGACCUACAGGUCGGCUUCACCAACGCCACCCCGGCGCAGGCGACGGAGCUGUUCCAGCGCAUGUACGAGGCCGACGGCGCGGUGCCCGCCAAGCGCGUCGACGGGCACGUCGCGCCGCCCUCGCACCCCGGGCCGAGCAUCGUCAAGAUGAACGGCUCGUCGUCCGCCUCGGGGUCCGGGGCGUCCACCCCUUCGCCUCUGCGGACUUCCUUCGGGCAGGGCGAAGCUGCGGCUGCGGCUGCUACUGCUCCGGCGGCGCAGGAGGCGGAGAAGAAGCGCUUGUUCGAUGCGGAGGAGCUGGGUCGGAUCGCGGGCGAGUUUGGCGCCCUCAUUCCCGACGGGCUGUUCAGCCCGGCCGAGAUCCAGGGGUUCUUGCUGAAGCGGAAGAAGGACCCGCGGCGGGCCCUGAAGGAGACGGCGGAGUGGGUUGAGGGGAUGCGCUUGCAGAAGGAGAGCAAGACCAAGGUGCUCAAGGUGCAGUGA